GGCGGCAGUGUGGCGCGGUCGGCGGGGGGGGGGGUGUGGUGUGUGUGGUUGUGCUCUGUGGGCUGAUAGUGCGGCGAUAGCGCAGACCGGGAGGGACGCCGCAGCAGAGACAGACCCCAGCGACCAGCUGCAGAGAAGCCGCGUAUUGAUUUCGACGACUGCUCGCAGAGGGGUGUAGCGUUUGGACGGCUCAGCGAGACAUGAGACGGAGGUUGUCUGACGUUCGGCUGCAUUAGUCGACUCGCUGCUCGUCUCGGCCAUGGGAGGCGGUAGCCGGCCGCCGCCGCUGCUGCUGCCGCUGCUGCUGACGGUGGUCUCAGUAGUCGCCGCGGAUUUCACGACCCAGUGUCCGAGCGACUGCCGGUGCACGUGGAGCGGCGGCAAGAAGGUGGCCGACUGCUUGGACUGGCCGGGCCCCGGUCUGCCGGCGGGCCUCAGCUCGGAUAUCCAGGUGCUGAACCUGAGCGGCGGCCGCGUCAGCGAACUGGGCGAGGACGCCCUGCAGCGGGCCGGCCUGGUUAAUCUGCAGCGGCUGCUGCUGGCGCGCACUGGCCUGCAAACGCUGCACCGACACGCGUUCCGCGGCCUCGAACUGCUGGCCGAGCUCGACCUAGCCAACAACCAGCUGACCAGCGUCGACACAGAGACGUUCGCCGACAACGUGCAGCUGCGCCAGCUGUCGCUCUCCGGCAACCGGCUGCAGAAGCUGAACGACCUGCAGUUCCCCGAGCUGCCGCGCAUCCAGCAGCUGAACCUGAGCCACUGCCAGCUGGCCACCAUCUCGCAGCGGGCCUUCAAGAAGCUGACCAACCUGGCCGAGCUGAACCUGGACGGCAACAAGCUGGCCGUGCUGGAUCCGGUCAUCUUCCAGUCGCUGACCAAGCUGAACUCUCUGACGCUGCGCGACAACCCGUGGCGCUGCGACUGUCACCUGCGGCUCUUCCGCGACUGGCUGGUGCAGCACAAACUCUACCAGCUUGGAACCACCUGCGUGGAGCCCGAGCGGCUGAUCGGCAAACGCUGGAGCGAGGCGAGCUCGGAGGAGUUCGCCUGCCGGCCCCAGAUCACCAUCCCGGAGCCGACCGUGGUGGCCGACAUCGGCCAGAAUGUCACGCUGCGAUGCCAGAUAUCUGGCAACCCGGCGGCCGAAACCAAGUGGGUGCUCAGCGGCGGCAGAAUUCUGCGCAACAACACGCCCGUGCGCGGCACCGACCGGCUCUACAUUAUCCACGAGGAGGGCAACGUGAACCGGUGGACCAACCUGACGGUGACGCGCGUCGGCGAGCAGGACGCCGGCCAGUACCUGUGCGUGGGCUCCAACGCCGGCGGCGUGGUGGAGCACAACGUCACGCUCGUGUUCCGGACGGCGGUGGAGGCGGCGCCGGGCGGCUCCGAUGGCCUGCUCCAGCAGCCGGCGCUGAUCGGCGCGGUGGCCGGCGGCGCGGCGCUGCUGCUGGUGCUGCUGGUGAUCUGCUGCUGGUGCUGCUGCCGCCGCGGCCGCCGCUCCGACAAACAGUCCAGCUCGACCACCGACUCCGUGAUGGUGCUCAACCACAAGACGCCCAACGGCAGCGGCUACGAGAAGUUGCCGCAGACGGAGCGUCAGACGGAUGUUCAACUGGAGCGUCUGGGGGCGCGCGCCGAGCUCGGCCAGCCGGGCAGCAGCGUCAUGUGCAACGCCACCGAGCCGCCGGCGCUGGGCGCGGCGGCGGCCGGCGCGCGCCGCCGCAGUCUGACCGACUCGGAGAGCGGCCGGCGCGACUACCCCGACCUGCUGCACCUGCCGCGCUCGGGCCGCGCCGGCUUCGAAUCGUCGCUGGCCGCCGAGCCAGCGUACCAGCCGUACCCACCGGCGGGCCGCUCCCGGCCGGCGUACGUGACGCUGCCGCGCCGGCCGCGCACGCCCAGCUGGGGCAACUCGCCGCUGGUCACCGAUCCCGUGUACGACACGCUCGGGCCGCGCACCACGGUGGACGGCAGCUCGCGGCUCAGCCUGACCUCGGUCGGCCAGGAGCGGCCGCCCGUCUACUACGUGCCGGUUGAGAAUCGCGCCGACCCGGCCGCGGCGCCAGCCACCAGUGUGUUCGCCACCAUGCCGCGCGCUCCCCGCCCUCUGUCGCACGGCAGCCUGUCUUACGCGGGCCACGCGCGCUCCAUCAGUACCGAGCUGAUCGAGCCGCUCACCGAGGAGCCAGAGGAGGUGGACGAGCCGCCGCCGCCGCCGCCCGGCUUCAACAGCGACGAGCCGCUGCUGCCGUCACCCACGCGGCCGGCGCCGGUCGCCAAGCCCAAGAAGGUGGCGCCGCCGCCGGUGCCGCCCAAGCCGCGUGUAAACGGCGCCGGUGUGCCGCCGGUCCAGGGUGACGGCGUGGAUGGGACAGAGGUGUGACGCCGGCCGGCCAGCGGGCCCGCCGCCGCCGCCGCCGGCACCUAGCGCGCGGCGCGGCUCGUCCGCUCCCGAUUGACAGUGAACACUGGGUGUGAGGGAACUGCUCACUACCGUUCUAGUGAUGAGACGGUGACAGCGGCCCGCCGCCGUGCCGCUCCAGAGCUCUAGUCAGGCUGCGGUGGCCGCCAGUACCCGUGCGGUCGCAGUGGCUGGUCGUUAGCGAUGUAAUGAGGCUGUCUGAGCAGCCGGGACUCAUAGACUGGUCCGUCAGAGGACUGCCGUCCGCCGUGGGGAGCUCUGUUAUCUCCGUGCGCACUCUGUUUAAACGUCCGCUUUCAGCGCCGUCCCGCCACUCCCUUCCUUCCUCCCCAGACGCGCGGAGCAGCCCCGCCCAGCGGAGCGGCGCGCAGUGUUCGCCCUUUGUGCGCCAGCACUGGCUGUUUACUACUUCGGCCAGAUUUAUGCGCUCAUUAGAUGUGGCCCGACGCUUCAGUGCCAACGUCCCGGGGCGCGCGCUUUUUAUGGCGCGCCAGCUGCAGCCGGCGCACCGCCGAUUGUAGUGGCGCGAAAUGGCGGAAGCGGCGCCUGUCAGUACGUGUUCGAUGCGCUCCGUCUAUCUGUCUGUCUGUCUAUCUGUCCGUCUGUCCGUCUGUCAGCUGGUCUGUCUCGCGAGCGUCUCGCGCUCGCUCGGAGGCGGAUGUUUUCCGUGAUGGCGGCUGAGUGAGGUCCGUCGCCAGCGUCUGCAGUCGCUGUGUGUGUGGCGGGACGGUCCUCCGGCGGGUCUGGGCGUUCCGUACCGGCCUCGAGCUACCUUGGCGGACGCUGUGCGGAGCUGAGACGUGCAGCCGAACUGCAUCACCGAGCGGUGACGAGACUUAUACCAGAUGAGGCAGAGCUUCAGGGCGGAACAGAUAAAUCGUGGGCAUUAAGUUGUGAAUCACCAUACGAAAUGAUAUUUCAUAAUAUUUUGAAAAAUCCUGCUUACAUGAUGUAGUGUCCUGUUUCGAUUGCAUGAUUUCUGAAGAUGAGUCAUUUUAAACUAAGUUACUUUGUGAGUAACCGAGGGUUUGUUUGCGUAUGCUGAAUGCCACUGUUAUCGGUAUUUGUGUCAUUCGUGUCUGUGUAGGCGUGAGGUGUUUCUGGGGACACCGUUACCGCUCCGUUGGCGCGUCUCUCGCCGAGCUGCGGUCGCCAGUGGAUGGGGCUUGGGUGCCCCGCCCGUCUCUGGCCUGACCCGAGAGCUUGUCAGGUGCUCACUAACGCAACGCGUCCGUAUCCGACACGGAAACCUGUGCAGAGGAGACGGCUUCGCUGCAGCGCCGACCGGGACACGCCGCUUUGUACAAGUGCAUAUUUUCCAAAUACAGCAGCGUCCAUUUUA